AUGUUCAAGGACCAGACACUCAGUUACGAAGUAUACAACGCAGUUGUGGCGGUGGAGCAGGCUUCGGAAAAGGAGGAGGAGGUGGAAUUGGAGGAGGCGCCGGUGGUGGACUUGGAGGAGGAGCCGGUGGUGGAAUCGGCGGCGGUGGAGGAAUUGGAGGAGGCGCUGGUGGUGGAAUUGGAGGAGGAAUUAGAGGAGGCGCAGGUGGCGGCGGAGGAAUUGGAGGAGGAAUUAGUGGCGGAUUCGAAGAAAGCUUUGGAGUUGGUGGUGGAAUUGGAGGAGGCGCCGGUGGUGGAAUCGGUGGCGGCGGAGGAAUUGGAGGAGGCGCCGGAGGUGGCAUUGGUGGCGGCGGAGGAAUCGGAGGAGGCGCCGGUGGUGGAAUCGGCGGCGGCGGAGGAAUUGGAGGAGGCGCUGGUGGUGGAAUUGGAGGAGGAAUCGGUGGCGGCGGAGGAAUUGGAGGAGGUGCCGGUGGCGGAAUUGGAGGAGGCGCCGGUGGUGGAAUUGGAGGAGGAAUCGGUGGCGGCGGAGGAAUUGGAGGAGGUGCCGGUGGCGGAAUUGGAGGAGGCGCCGGUGGUGGAAUUGGAGGAGGAAUCGGCGGCGGCGGUGGAAUUGGAGGAGGCGCCGGUGGUGGAAUUGGAGGAGGAAUCGGUGGCGGCGGAGGAAUUGGAGGAGGUGCCGGUGGCGGAAUUGGAGGAGGAAUCGGUGGCGGCGGAGGAAUUGGAGGAGGUGCCGGCGGUGGAAUUGGAGGAGGAAUCGGCGGCGGCGGCGGAAUUGGAGGAGGCGCCGGUGGUGGAAUUGGAGGAGGAAUCGGUGGCGGCGGAGGAAUUGGAGGAGGUGCCGGUGGCGGAAUUGGAGGAGGAAUCGGCGGUGGCGGCGGAAUUGGAGGAGGCGCCGGUGGUGGAAUUGGAGGAGGUGCCGGUGGCGGUAUUGGAGGAGUUCUUGCCCAUUUACACCACAGACAUGAAGAACAUAGACAUCCAGGUUUUGGAGGUGGUUUUGGAGGAGGAUCUGGCGGUGGAUUCGGCGCUGGAGGUGGAGGAGGACUAGGAGGAGGACUAGGAGGCGGUCUAUUUGGCGGCUUUGGUGGCGGUUUUGGAGGAGGCUUAGGUUUUCGACGAUAAGUUCUUUUA